AUGGGUCUUAAGAAAAUGUUCCAAAAGAAGGAACCAACAGAAGCUGAAUUAAGAGAAGAUCUUAAUCGAGCUGGUAUUUCUACCAAAUCAAAUGGUGUUAGACAAGAGAAAUUUGGUGCUUUUAGAAAUUAUGCUCAAGAAAAAGCACUGGCUCGUGCAGGCUAUGCUCCUGUAAAUAACCCAUAUGCUCAACAACAUGGUAGUGCUCCUGGGUCGAAUCCAUAUUUGGAACAACAGCAACAACCACAGGGACAACCUGGAAAUAAUCCAUAUGGAUCUGGACAAGGCGGUAAUCCCUAUGGAAGUGGACAAGGUGGUAAUCCAUAUGGAGGAGGAAGAAUCGCACCUCCUCAACAGCAGCAAGGAGCAUAUAAUAGACAACCAUCUGAUCCAUAUGCCAGAAGACCACAAAGACAUGCAAUGGACGACACAGAAUCGCUCGACUUGAAUGCAAUCCCAACAAAUCAAAUGGCCCAUCCAUCCAAUCGUCGCCCAGUUCGCCGUCUACCUGCAAAUUAUGAACAAGAUGAUGACUUAAAUGCAAUUGAUGAUGGAGAAAACUUGAAUUUAGAUAUUGAUCUCGAUUUACCAGAACAGGAACAAGUGAAUUCUGAAGAUGAAGAAGUUGAGGCCAUAAAACAAGAUAUUCGAUUCGUGAAACAAGAAUCAGUCCAGUCAACUAGAAAUACAUUAAGAAUGGCCCAAGAAGCCGAUGCAUCCGGUACUAAUACUUUAGGUAUGUUGGGAUCACAAUCUGAACGAUUAUAUAAUGCAGAACAAAAUUUAUUAUUGGCAGAUACCCAAACCAAAAUUGCCGAUGAAAAAGUUAAAGAAUUAAAUCGAUUAAAUCGAUCAAUCUUUGUUCCUGCUUAUGGGAACCCCUUUAAUAAGAAAUCAAGAUUAAGACAACAAGAAGAACGAAUUAAGUCACUGAAAAUGCAAGAAAAAUACUUGAAGGAAACAAAUAGACAAGAAAUGUAUGCUAGUGAACAAAGAAUCAAACAAGGAUUAUCAAAUAAUGCCACCAAUAAUGAAGUACAUGAAAAAUAUCGUGGUGAACGUGAUUUAGCUGCUGCUAAACGUUAUCAAUUUGAAAAUGAUUCUGAAGAUGAUGAAAUGGAAAAAGAAAUCGCCGGGAAUUUGGAUCAAAUUGGUCAAUACGCUAAAAAAUUACAUGGGUUGGCUAAUACCAUGGGACAAGAAGUUGAAAGUCAAAAUCAAAGAUUGAAAAAGAUUGAAGAUGAUGCUGAUAGAUUGGAUAUUAAUGUCCAUAUGAAUAAUACUAGAUUGAGUAAUAUACGUUAG